CCACGAGAUAUCUGAUAUCUUAAAUAACGUCAGACAGGCUCUCUACAUCAAUCUCUGCUCGACAUGACAACUACAGAGAAAGACCUCGCCAAAGUUUCAGACUUGCGAGAGUAUCUUGAAAACACUCCGUUUGCUGCUGAAGAGAUUGUUAUGUUCUCUGAUGGUAUUGUGAACUUUGCAUUUCGAAUCAAGCUCAAAACACCAUACGACGGGCGAUCGACGAUGGUUGUAAAGCAUGCGAAGCCGUAUAUGGCCAAGUUGUUGGAUCAAGAUAAUAAUAACAUCCCUUUCGAUUUGGAAAGGCAGAGAUACGAGGUUGAAGCCCUCAACCACGUCCACGCAUUGAUUCCUCCAGACUCCCUUGUCACCGUUCCUCGAGUGAACCAUUUUGAUGAAAAGGAGAAUGUCAUUAUCAUGGACGACUGUGGGACAGACUCUGUUACGCUCAAAAAGUUUAUGAUCGAUGGACGGUGCACACCUGCGCUAGCAGAGAAAAUCGGGGAUGCUUUAGGAAGUUUCUUGGGUGGACUUCACCAUACAUGGGGCAAGAAUGGCAUUGCUCGUUUGAUGGAAACACUGCGAGAACACAAACAAGGUAAGGAGGUCUGUGUUUGGGCUGUGUAUGGGAGGUUAGGUUCGACAAUCAGAGGAGAGGAUCCGACUCUCAACAUAUCAGAAAAUCCACCUGAAGUUGGAGAAACAGAAUUUAAACGGAUGGAGGAGAUUGGAAAGGAGAUUUCAGCUGAUAUGCUAUCUGAAGAAGAAGAUCUCGUCAUGGGUGAUUUCUGGCCCGGAAAUGUACUUAUUGAUCUCGCUGACGGUGGCUCCGAUAUCAACCGCAUGUUUGUUAUUGAUUGGGAGUUGGCAAAGCCUGGCCUUCAAGCUUUAGACAUCGGCGAGUUCUGCGCUGAGGUCGACCUCAUUCGCCGAUUCCAUGCAUCGAGCGCGACUGUUUGCUCGAGGAUGAUAGCUUCCUUCUAUCGUUCGUAUUCAAACCUGGAUGUCAAGAAAGACGUUGCGCUGUAUCAGACUGCCCUCGCUCACUGGGGAGCCCAUCUGACCGUCUGGACAUCGCAGGGGAAAUGGGGGGGUGUAGAGGAAACCCGAAUUGUAAUCACGGACGGUGUUAAACUUUUAGUAGAGGGAUACGAGUGCCCAGGAGAUGAAAUAGAAAGGAGAUACCAGUAG